AUGUUAAGAACCGUUAUUGCUCAAAAGAACUCCAUUCGUUCGUUGGCUACUUUUGCAUCACCAGAAGCCGUUUUACCAAAAAAAUACGGUGGCAGAUACACUGUUACUUUGAUUCCAGGUGAUGGUGCUGGUCAAGAAAUCACUGAUUCUGUCAAGCAAAUUUUCAAAUCUCAAAAUGUUCCAAUUGAUUGGGAAGUCGUUGAGGUCAGUGGUGUUGAAAGUGAAACUGGUAAAAGCCACGGUGUUGACGAAGCUGUCGAAUCUUUAAAGAGAAAUAAAGUUGGUUUGAAAGGUAUCUUGUACACAUCUACUGGAAAAUCCGCCAAAUCAUUGAAUGUUGCAUUGAGAAAGGAGUUAGACAUUUACGCUUCAUUAGUUUUAAUCAAAAACAUUCCAGGAGUUAAAGGUAUUUACGAUGGUAUUGAUUUCGCUUUGGUCAGAGAAAACACUGAAGGUGAAUAUAGUGGUUUGGAACACCAAUCAUACCCAGGUGUUGUUGAAUCCUUGAAAAUUAUGACAAGAUUCAAGUCCGAAAGAAUUGCCAAAUUUGCUUUUGAUUUUGCUUUGAAGAACAACAGAAAAUUGGUUACUGCUAUCCACAAAGCUAACAUUAUGAAAUUAGGUGAUGGUUUGUUCAGACAAACUGUCAAAGAUGUUGGUCAAGACUACCCAGGUAUCGGAGUAAGUGAUUUGAUUGUCGAUAAUGCUUCUAUGCAAGCUGUUGCUAAACCACAGCAAUUCGAUGUUUUGGUCACUCCUAACUUGUACGGUUCCAUCUUAUCCAACAUUGGUGCUGCAUUGAUUGGUGGUCCAGGUUUGGUUCCAGGUGCUAACUUUGGUAGAGAAUAUGCUGUUUUCGAACCAGGAUGUCGUCACGUUGGUUUAGAUAUUAAAGGUAAAAACUCUGCUAACCCAACUGCUAUGAUCUUGUCUAGUGCUAUGAUGUUGAGACAUUUGGGAUUAAACGAUCAUGCUGACAAGAUUUCUAAGGCUACCUACGAUGUCAUUGCCGAAGGUAAUGUCAGAACUGCUGAUAUUGGUGGUAAUGCCACCACUACUGAGUUCACUGAAGCCAUCAUCAAUAAAUUGGCUUAA